AUGGCGUUCUCGAGAGCAUGGCUCUCGUCUGUUGCUAUCUUGGCCCUCUUGUCGCUGGUAGCAGUCGGGCAGGCGCAACUGUCUACAACCUUCUACAGCAAAUCCUGCCCAGCAGCAUUGAGCAUCGUAAGCAAACAGGUUAACAGCAUCCUUGCAGCCAAUCCGAAUCUUGCCGGGGGCCUGCAGCGCCUUCAUUUUCAUGACUGCUUCGUCCGAGGCUGUGAUGCAUCCGUACUUUUGGUCUCCUCUUCAUCAACGAAUCAAGAGAUCGACGCCCCACCAAAUAAAAACUCGUUGAGAGGAUUCCAGCAAAUUGAUCAAGUCAAAUCCGCACUCGAGGCUGCAUGCCCCGGCGUUGUCUCUUGUGCAGAUAUACUGGCCAUCGUAGCACGUGAUGCCACCGUCAAGGCAGGAGGUCCAACUUGGCCCGUUCUUCUCGGACGCAGGGAUGGGACGGUGUCAUUGGCGUCAGAGGCCCUGGCGGCGCUCCCAUCACCAUCCAUGAACCUCGGUCAAUUGAUACAAAACUUUGCAGCUGUUGGGCUCAACGCAUCGGACAUGAUCGUCCUCUCAGGAGCGCACACCUUCGGAAGAGCUCACUGCGGUCCCAUCCUCAACCGCUUGUACAACUUCAAUGGAGUGCACGGACAAAUAGACGCGAGCAUGGAUUCGAGUUUGGCAGCCAACCUGAAGAAGCAGUGCCCUCCCAACGACGUCACGACAAUUAUCACCAUGGAUUCUUCUCCAAACGUCUUCGACCGCACGUACUUCAAGCAGGUCAUAGCCAGGGGAGGACUUUUCACCUCAGACGCUGUACUCGCCACCGACUCUAGGACCCUGGCACAAGCGACCAGAUUAGCACAACCAGGCUCCUCGUUUUUCGAGGAUUUCGCAGCCGCCAUGGUGAAGAUGAGCAAAAUCCACGUGUUGACGGGUUCUCAAGGAGAGAUUCGUAAGAAAUGCUCCGUCAAAAAUUAG